AUGACCGAGCUGAGGGACAGUGGGCGGCGCGCCGUGUUGCCCGAGAUGCUCAAAACCGAGGCCCGGGAAGUCGCCAGGGAACAAAACGUCGCCGAAAUGGAGUUUAAAGCCAGUCGAGGCUGGAUGAGCCGCUUCAUGUGGCGGAACAACCUGCGCCUCCGGAGAUGCGCGGCGCCGCGCCGGGGGUUGCCGGAGGGUUUCCUCUCAAGGCGGAGGCCCGGGUGCACAAACUGCUGGCCGAGGACGCGGUGUUCCCGGGAGCCAUGGAGGAGUCAUUCCCGUCGCCCCGCAUCGGCUUCUCACGGAAAGGUAAAGAGCUCAACUCCCUCCCCUCCACCGCCGUGGCUGGAACGUGACCUCCGCCUCUCCCCUCUGAGCCUGCUGUCCAGCCAGCGCUUUGCACAUGGUCCUCAUCUCCCAGAGAGGAGCCUGGGAAAUCAAGCAACAGCCCCCGCGCCUCGGAAAACCAGUGCUCGGGAUGUUGACAAUGCUUCACUGGCACACGUUGAUCUCAAGCGGAAAGUCAAAUCCUUAAAAGAAGAAAUAGUCUUCUUGAAGAAACUUCACGACGAGGAAAUACAGGAGCUGCAGUCUCAGAUUCAGGAACAGCACAUCCAAAUCGAUGUGGAUGUGGCUAAGCCCGAUCACACUGCUGCCCUGCGUGAUGUUCGCCAGCGGUACCAAAAUGUGGCUGCAAAGAACAUCCAUGAACCUGAAGAAUGGUACAAAUCCGAGUUUGCUGACCUCUCUGAAGCUGCUAAUAGGAACAAUGAUGCCCUGCGCCAGGCCAAGCAGGAAUCAAAUGAGUAUCGCUGGUAUGUCCAGUCUCUCACUUGUGAAGUGGAUGCACUGAACGGGACCAACGAAUCUCUGGAGCGCCAGAUGCAUGAGAUGGAGGAGAACGUUUCGGUUGAAGCUGCUAACUACCAAGACACUAUUGGCCGCCUUCAGGAUGAAAUCCAGAACAUGAAGGAAGAGAUGGCUCGCCACCUGCGUGAAUACCAGGACCUGCUGAAUGUCAAGAUGGUACUGGAUAUUGAGAUAGCCACCUACCGCAAAUUACUGGAGGGGGAGGAGAGCAGGAUUACCCUGCCGGUUCCAAGCUUUUCUUCCUUGAACCUGAGAGAAACCAACAUUGACUCCCACCCUCUUGUGGACACCCAUCCCAAGAGAACACUCCUUCUCAAGACUGUUGAAACUAGGGAUGGACAGGUCAUCAACGAAACAUCCCAACACCAUGAUGAUUUAUAGUGAAAGCCUGCCCCGAUGCCCAGUGCAGCAACACCUUACCAGCAAGCAAAAGAAUUUGACCAAGUCCUAAAACAGCUUUCAAGUGCCUUCUGCAGUUUUUCAAGAGCGCAAGACCAUCCUGGAUAGGUAGAAAGAAUAGGUUUGAAGUCUUAUGAACACAUAACUCUAGGGAAGUUUACGGCAAAGCCUAGUUUACAGAGGGAAUCUUGUGCUGCAGUACUUUUGUAAAGUGUUUUUCAGAAUCAUGAAACUGCCUCUUUCAAGCCAGUGUCUGACCAAACUGUUACUGCUUCAA